AUGUCGUCUUCCUCGCAGAUUCAGAUGCCCACCAUCCUGCAAGGGCUGUCGCCCAUCUUCACGAGUCUCCACGCCGCCAAGGCGACGAAGGAUCUGACGUUCGAGAAGAUUGCUAAGGAGAUUGGGAGGGACGAAUGGUACACUGCUGCAAUCUACUGGCCGCAUCGUGGUCUUGGCGAGUUUCCACCUAAAGAGCCCGUCCUGUACCGCCUUUAUGAAGUGCUUGUCGUCUACGGCUACCCUCUUGAGCACAUGAUCCACGAGAAAUUCGGCGACGGCAUCAUGAGUGCGAUCGACUUUCAAGGUCACGUCAAAAAGGUUGAAGACCCAAAGGGAGACCGCGUGAAGAUCACGCUCAAUGGCAGGUUCCUGCUGUACCGUCGUUGGUGA